AUGUUGUGCAAUCUCCAACGAAAACGACCAGCUCCGACCUUACAUCACCACCAUCGUCCAAGCCAACGCAUCAGUCCUUCCGCCUCGACGUCUCACCUGCUUUCACUUUUCCAACGACCUCCUGGGAAAGCUCGCGAAGCGCGCCGAUGCCGUUAA